ACGGCAGGAACGGUGUCGUUUAGAAUGAUCGGAAAAGGCUGAAAUCAACAAUCCUAUAAAUACGACACCGCUUUGAUCACAGCUUCAACUCGUGGAGCGUCUUUCCGUCUGAACCAAAAGUCUAGAGGAUCACCAUCGCCCCCUGAAAUCCGUUUGAGAUGGCGGCGACGGAGCCCAAGGCAGUGACUGAGGUGGCCAAGAUGGACCUGUUCGAAGACGAUGACGAGUUCGAAGAGUUUGAAAUCAAUGAAGAAUGGGAGGACAAAGAGGAAGGCAAGGAAGUGACACAACAGUGGGAGGAUGACUGGGAUGAUGAUGACGUUAAUGAUGACUUCUCUCUCCAGCUGAGGAGGGAAUUGGAAAACAACACUGAGAAGAAAGAUUAGUCUGCAGGCUCAGUCAUUUGCUCAUCCCUUUCUGUUCUCUCCACUAUAUGAGUUGGUUGAAGUUGAGAUGGGUUUGCUUGUUUUUCUUUUUCAAACCAUCAGAUGCCUGUUAGAGACAUACGAUGUUGUUGACAUUUCUAAUGAAGUUCUGUAUUAAAGAUUCUGUAGUUUGAGUUCUUAAGUCUUUUCGACUUCCCCUAAACGUUGUUAACUAGUAGUUGAUCAUUUGGUUAAUUUCGUAUAGAGCAGUUUGCAAGUGCUUGCAUUC